UUUACAUUUAAUCGUCCGACUGAGAGGUUCGCUUAGGAAGUAAAGCUAAAUUUAUUUCUAAAUACAACGAUAUUUGGUAUUAACACGUGCUUGAUAAUUUACUUAUAAAACGGUAUCCCCAUUUUUGAUUACAAACAGUACAUAAAUUGUUAGUGAAAAAAAAAACAAAAAAACAAAAACCAAACACAACAUUGCAAUUAAUAUUAUCAUUAAUUUAAUAAAAAUAUUCAAAUUAAAAAAAGAAAAACAAACAAGUAAUAACUGUUUAUAUCGGACGAAUAAAUAAUUAAACAUGAGCGGAAAGUGUAAUAGAAAACGUGGUCGUACUGAAGAGGAAUCAGCUGAGUUUGUGCCACUGAGUAAAAGAAUCAAUAAUCUUCAUAUCAAUAAUUUCUCAGGCCUACAAAAGAUUGCAGCAAAUAGUGAGAAGUCUCAAUCGGAAAAUUCGAAUAUUCCUUAUACAUCAAGUUAUAUAAAUCCAUUACCAAACAGCUCAGCCAUGGAUGAGAAUAGUGGAUCUUCUAGUUCAAGUAGUUACAUUAGCGAAUAUAGGCCUGAUCUCAGCGUAAGAGAUAAUCCAUUUUAUUAUGAAACUAAUAGAUUAUUGUUUUCAUUACAUAUGGCACGUAUGCAAAGAUCUGUUGCCUAUUAAUAAUCAUAAUUUUACAUACAUAUCCGUAUUACGUAUAUUAUUUUUUAUUUACAUUUAAAUCUCAUUCGUUUGGAAUAACUUUAUAAAGUAUUAGUAUAAUAACCGUAUUAUUCUACUAAGAAUUCAAUUUAAUCAGAUAUCAACAAUUUUUAAUAUGCAUUAAAUUACACAUUUUGUAUAAUAAAAUGGCUGCUCUGUGGUAAA